AUGAGGUUGAGCCUGAGCUUGAAGUUGGGGUAUAGAACUGGUUCGGGAGGUGUGCAGCGAGAGCCCCAGCCAGUGGUAGAGACGUUGCGGUCAGUUGAUCGCGAAAAUUCGACAGUUUCAGUGGGUAUUUUGACUGUUAGAUUCCGACGGAACAAUUUAGAGGGUGAUGAUGAGAGAUUUUGUAUUGCGACAGACGGUGAAUGGGGUUGGUUGACAGAUGGUGUGAUUGAAGUGAGCGAUAUUUGGAGAGUGACAUUUAAAAGAAUUGCU